UUAGUGUGUGUGAGUAGAUGAGAUAGUGUGUAUGUGUGUGAGUAGAUUAGAUAGCGUGUAUGUGUGUGAGUAGAUGUGAGUUGGGAUGCGCCAGGCAGAGAGCAUCAGUAUUAGCAUUGAUUCCCGUGCAGCAGGAGUAACUCCCCCAGUCCAGGCUUUGCAGACAGCCCAGUGUGUGAGAGAGAGAGAGAGAGAGAGAGAGAGAGAGUGCGGCUCAGGCUCUUGUUUACAGCAUUAGCGCCGCGCACACACUGAGAGGAGAUCCCAAUGAGAGAGGCUCGGCGGCGGCCCGGGGAUCCCUACACACACGGACAACAAGCAGCGGGAGCGCAGCCUGUACGCAGCUUUAAGGCUUUAUCACAGAGCCCAAAAGAAGCGCUCGGUCGGCGGCGAGUCGGGCGGGCCGGGAUAGUCUAGUCCAUUCAUUGGUCCGGCGGGUGUGCAGUAGCGGCCUCCUGCUGCCGUGGGAUAGUGGCUUGUGCCCGGGGCUGACAUGGAGGGAGAGGAGGGCGAGGUGCGGGCUUCGGCUUUCUCCUAUCAGCUUCCUCCGUGCGCCCGAUUCCAGCGGCUGGACUGACACACUGUGCGCCGGGGGAGAUCAACGUUUCCCCAAGGGAUUGAGGAGCCGCACACUUGGAUUGACCCAGCAUCAGGCGGAUUUACUAGCGCCCCCUCAGGCCGGGGAUAUACGACGUCUGUACAGACACCGCCAGGGAUCGGGGGAGAUACGAAGAGAAACAAGGGAGAAAUCCAUGCCCCCCCGCAUUGGUUAACGGGGCCCAACUCCUCGUAGUGGGCGGCGCUUACAUCUAGGGAACCCCAAGUAACCCCCUUGUCCCUCUGCCUAUCAGUCAGGGCAGGGGGGACCUUGAAGCUCAGGGGCUCCCCCUAGAGUUGGUGUUAGCUCUCUGCUCCUCAGCACAACUCGGCCAGUCCGCCGCCGCUGCUGCUGCUGAAUAAUCCACGUUUCACGAUCCGAGCAGGUUCCAGAGCAAGGUGACCCGGGAACUCCAGGGCUUGUGCUCCAGGUAGAAAAGGACCGGCGGCGCCAUUUUUGUUAUUCCGGGCCAGGGGGGAGUUCCUGGCAGUGUGGAUGAGCAUUUGCUUGGAUUCCCUCUACGCGGGGACUUGUUUGUGGACAUGAAGGCCGAAUUGGUGCCUGUUUGUACGGCCUGGAUCCUGGGGCUCCUCCUGUGUCUGGGACCAGCGGCUGCCAAAGCCCAUGGUCACAUCCUUGCCGUAUCUUCUUUAUUGUUGGUCGUUCGAUUUCAUGACACGGUUGUCAUAGCAAACAAAACUAUGUACAGGCAAACUGCUUGAGAGGCUCUACAUAUAAAUAGAAAUGUGUGGUCCCAACAUGGACAUCCGAAAUGACGUCAGUGAGCUUAAACAGCUGAGAGAUUGUGUCGUGAUCGAAGGCUACCUGCAAAUUCUGCUCAUCUCAAAUGCCAAGGCAGAGGACUUCCGGAACCUUCGGUUCCCCAAUUUGACCGUUAUCACUGACUAUUUAUUGCUUUUCCGGGUUUCUGGCUUGGUGAGUCUCAGCAAUCUCUUUCCCAACCUCACUGUGAUCCGUGGCCGAGUCCUUUUCUACAACUACGCCCUUGUUAUUUUCGAGAUGACCGACCUCAAGGAGAUUGGAUUGUACAACUUGCGUAACAUAACACGUGGCGCCGUCAGGAUUGAGAAGAACUCGGAACUGUGUUACGUCUCCACGGUGGACUGGUCCCUCAUUCUGGAUGCCGUCUACAAUAACUACAUUGUUGGGAAUAAGCCACCGAAGGAGUGUGUGGAUUUGUGUCCUGGAGCUAGAGAGAAAAUGCAAGUUUGUAAAAAGUCAUCCAUAAAUAAUGAAUUUGCUGACCGAUGUUGGUCGGAUGAACACUGCCAAAAAGUGUGCCCCAGUGUUUGUGGCAAGCGAGCAUGUACUGAUAACAAUGAAUGCUGUCACCCAGAAUGCUUGGGCAGCUGCACGGCACCCGAUAACGACACCGCGUGCGUGGCUUGUCACCACUUCUUCUACGAGGGCCGCUGUGUCCAGACCUGCCCGCCUAACACCUAUAGAUUUGAAGGGUGGCGCUGCAUCACUCGGGAAGUCUGUGCCGUGGUGCAUCAAUGGGUAAACAGCGUCAAUCCAUUCAUCAUUCACAAAGGAGAAUGCAUUUACGAGUGCCCAUCAGGAUUCAUGCUGAAUGACAGCCAGAGCAUGAGCUGCAGCCCCUGCGAGGGUCCCUGCCCCAAGGUCUGUGAAGAGAAGAUGAAAACCAUUGAUUCUGUUACCUCAGCCCAAAUGCUGGAAGGUUGUACUGUCCUGAAGGGGAACCUGCAACUAAAUAUCCGCAAGGGUCAAAAUAUUGCUUCGGAGUUGGAGAAUUUCUUGGGUCUUAUAGAGACGGUCACUGGCUAUGUGAAGAUUCGUCACUCCCAUGCAUUGGUAUCUCUUUCUUUCCUGAAAAGUCUGCGCUACAUCCUGGGAGAGGAGCAAAUGCCUGGAAAUUAUUCCUUUUACGUCUUUGACAAUAACAACCUACAGCAGCUGUGGGACUGGUCGAAGCACAACCUCACCAUCAAAGAGGGCAAAAUACGCUUUGCAUUCAACUCCAAGCUAUGCGCUUCUGAGAUUUACCGCAUGGAGGAAGUAACCGGAACAAAGGGGAGGCAGACUGAAGAGGACAUCAGCCUCAGUACUAAUGGAAAUAUGGCAUCAUGCGAGAGUCAUGUCUUAAAUUUCACCUCCAAUAGCACCAGUAAGAACCGGAUUAAGUUUACAUGGGAGCGUUACAGGCCACCUGAUUACAGAGACCUUAUCAGCUUCACUGUCUACUACAAAGAGGCACCGUUCAGUAAUGUAACCGAAUAUGAUGGUCAGGAUGCAUGCGGAUCCAACAGCUGGAAUAUGGUGGAUGUGGACCUCCCAGCCAGCAAGGAAAGUGACCCUGGAAUCCUCCUGCAGGGACUAAAGCCUUGGACACAAUAUGCAGUCUAUGUGAAGGCUAUAACCCUUACCAUGCUGGAGAGCCGUCAUAUCCAUGGUGCCAAGAGCAAGAUCAUAUAUAUGCGAACAGAUGCAGCAGUUCCUUCCAUCCCUCAGGAUGUGAUCUCAGCAUCCAACUCGUCUUCUCAGCUGGUGGUGAAGUGGAACGCACCCAGUCUCCCAAACGGGAAUCUCUCCUACUAUAUUGUGCGAUGGCAGCAGCAGCCUCAGGACAGACACUUGUAUCAGUACAACUAUUGCUUCAAAGAUAAAGUACCUAAUCGGAAAUAUGCCAACGGGACCAUUGACACUGAAGGUGUGACGGAGCCUACAAAGCCAGAAGGCAACGUAGGAGAAAAGGGCCAUUGUUGUGCUUGUCCUAAAACCGAGGCAGAGAAAAAAGCAGAAAAAGAUGAAGCUGAAUACAGAAAAGUUUUUGAAAAUUUCCUCCACAAUUCAAUUUUUGUGCCAAGGCCCAACCGUAGGCGAAGAGAUGCCAAUGCUGCUGGGAAUUCCACGAUGACCAGUUAUGGAAAGAACUUCACCACAGAGGACUUCUACAAUUUCUCAGACCCCGAAAAAGAUGAUAUAGAAUACCCAUUCUAUGAGACAAAGGUUGAUUACAAGCGGGAGAGGACGGUGAUCUCAAACCUGCAGCCCUUUACUCUCUAUCGUAUUGAUAUCCAUAGCUGCAACCACGAGGCUGAGAAGCUUGGCUGCAGUGCAUCCAAUUUUGUUUUUGCCAGAACCAUGCCAGCAGCUGGGGCCGAUGAUAUCCCAGGGCCAGUAACCCCUAAAGAAGAAGAUUAUGGUGUGGUCUUUUUGAGUUGGCCUGAGCCAGCCAGGCCAAAUGGCCUAAUCCUGAUGUAUGAGAUUGAGUACAAGCAGCAGGGAGAUGUGCAAAGGGAAUGUGUGUCUAGGCAGGACUACCAAAAGAACAGAGGCGCAAAACUCGUGCGGCUUACUCCGGGCAAUUACUCUGCACAGGUUCAGGCCAUCUCCCUCUUUGGAAAUGGAUCCUGGACAGAAACGGUCACCUUCUGUGUAAAGCCAAAACCCGACGUGAGCAAUAAUAUACUGCAAAUGGUCGUGGCCAUUCCCCUCGCCGUUUCAUUGCUGCUGGUGGGUAUCAUCACCAUUGUCUGCUUCGUUACAAAGAAAAGAAACAGCAACCGACUUGGAAAUGGUGUCCUCUAUGCCUCUGUGAACCCCGAGUAUUUCAGUGCUGCAGAAAUGUAUGUGCCUGAUGAAUGGGAGGUUCCUCGAGAGAAGAUAACAAUGAACAGAGAGCUUGGGCAAGGUUCGUUCGGAAUGGUAUACGAGGGCAUUGCCAAAGGGGUGGUGAAGGACGAGACAGAGACAAGGGUUGCCAUAAAGACUGUCAAUGAGGCUGCCAGCAUGCGGGAGAGAAUUGAAUUUCUCAAUGAGGCUUCCGUCAUGAAGGAGUUCAACUGUCACCACGUGGUGCGCUUAUUAGGGGUCGUUUCUCAAGGUCAGCCAACACUUGUCAUCAUGGAAUUAAUGACUCGAGGAGACCUCAAAAGCUACUUAAGAUCUUUACGACCAGACACAGAGAGUAACUCCGGGCAGUCUCCUCCUUCCCUGAAGAAGAUGAUCCAGAUGGCAGGAGAAAUUGCAGAUGGAAUGGCCUACCUCAAUGCAAACAAGUUUGUUCACAGAGAUCUGGCUGCUAGGAACUGUAUGGUCGCCGAGGAUUUCACAGUUAAGAUUGGAGACUUUGGCAUGACAAGAGACAUCUAUGAGACAGACUAUUACAGGAAGGGGGGGAAAGGUCUGCUGCCUGUGCGUUGGAUGUCCCCAGAAUCCCUAAAGGAUGGUGUUUUCACAACUCACGCUGAUGUCUGGUCCUUUGGAGUUGUGUUAUGGGAGAUUGCCACUCUGGCAGAGCAGCCUUACCAGGGCAUGUCCAAUGAGCAGGUUCUUCGCUUCGUUAUGGAAGGAGGCCUUCUGGAGAAGCCGGAUAACUGCCCUGACAUGCUGUUUGAACUAAUGCGCAUGUGCUGGCAGUACAACCCCAAGAUGAGACCUUCAUUCCUGGAAAUUAUUAGCAGUAUCAAAGAUGAGCUUGACCCCGGCUUCAAAGAGGUGUCCUUUUUCUACAGUGAAGAGAACAAGCCCCCGGACACAGAAGAGCUAGAUCUGGAGGCAGAGAACAUGGAGAGCAUUCCGUUGGAUCCCUCGUGUGCCCUGCAGACAUCCGAGCACCAUGCGGGACACAAAUCUGAAAAUGGUCCAGGUGUAGUGGUUCUUAGGGCAAGUUUUGACGAGAGGCAGCCAUAUGCACACAUGAAUGGAGGGCGCAAAAACGAGAGGGCACUCCCUCUGCCCCAAUCCUCGGCCUGCUGAUCCUGGCUGGGGGUCUGACAGACACUCUUGGAAAUACACUGCCUUGUGUACCUCGUGGAUCCAGAGAAUCCCUCUGUAUCAGUGCAAACACUAAUCCGUUCUUUCAGCGUGGGUUUGCCCUCUUUCUGACUCGGUACUGGUGUUGCUCCUCACAAAGGACCUUGUGCGUCAGACCAGUGUCACUUCAAGCUCGCCCACGAGCGAAUAUAUACCGAAGGUGCAUCCAUUGCAAUACGUGUGGUCCAGACAGGCGGCUCACCUGCUUAAAACAUGAAAUAAAACAAACAACAUAUAUCUAUAAUAUAUAUAUAUAUAUAUAUAUAUAUAUAUAUAUAUACUUUUUUUUUUUUUACUUAGACCUUUAUAAUAAGAAAAAAUUAGUAACAUUACUGCAGAAUACCUUUGCAUCCCAUAUAUGCUGUUAUUUAAUCUGACAUUCUUUGCCAAAUAGCUCUUUGACAGAAUGGAUAGUGCAGAUGGGGGGGAGGGUUAUGUCCCUUCAUAUCACAGGACCAUGCACACUUAUUUUUCUUUAAAAUUACCAAUAUAUAAUGCUGGGGACAUUUUCCUCUCCAGAUUUUUUUUUCCUUUUGUGUGUGUGUGAUGAGGUGGCAAAAACCAUAUAUGUGUAUAUACAAGACAAAGCAUUCUGGAGAAAACUGGCAAAAAAACGAAAUUGCAGAACUUAAUGGGUUUACGGCAAAACGUGCUGCUUCUUCAUUCAAAUACCAGAAAUCAAUUAACAUCCAUUUUUGGAAAGAUAAAGAAGACUUUGGCCUCGUAACUAUUUUUUUUUUUUUGUUUGUUUAAUCCGUAAUUGGAUUACGAGUCUCUGGCAGGUAACGGAACAUCAGACCUUCCCUGCAGAACCCAUUAGUCUUCAUAUCUCUCUGAAGUUACCCUUUGAGCCUCAUAUAUAUACAUAUAUAUAUAUUUUUGGACAUGUUCUCUCUUGCUAAGACUAUACGGCAGGCACUUGCAGUUCAAUGUGAGGCCAAAGCAUCAUUUACAUACAUUGUAUUUUGUGUCCCUUUUAUAACUUUUUUAUGGUUCAGAUAUUCAUCUAUAUCUAUGUCUGUACAGAAAAGGCUGCUAUUUUUUUUCUUUACCUUUUUGUGGAUUUAUUCUAUGAAAUGAAAAAAAAAAAAAAAAACCAGAAAAAAAAACCUUCAGGUCUACCUUUCCAUCUCUUUGUGUUCCUGUCUACUCCUCCACUCCGACAUAGGGCUGACAGAAAGGCAAUCGCAAGUAACGAGCUUUCCUUGGCUUAAGUGGGAGAUUCUGGACACUUAUGUUGUGAUCGUUUGCUUUGAAAUGUACUUAAAAAGUCCCUAAAUCUUCUGUUUGGCUCCUCACCUCCUGGAUCUCCCACAGAAGAACGUCUAGUAUAAUUAUCCAUGGAUCUGUUCAAUGCCUUUUUUAUAAAUGCAGUUUAAUUUUUUGUGUUUGUAUUGCAAAGGGUUCCUCGUGGCAGUAAACCCUGGUGGUGGGUGGAGCGUGUGUAUGCACACUGGGCGUGGUUGGUAUCUUUGUGGGUCAUUGUACGAUUUUUGUUCCCUUCCCACGCGGCUAUCCAUUAUAUCAUAAUGCAGAAAACGAAACUCAGGUUGCAAAAUAUCAUAUGGUUUCGUGUUCUCUAAA